AUGGACGGGUAUUUGAAGGAGCAUCCGGGCUCCAGGACCCUUGCAGACGAGCUUUCCAAGUUGGCGUCGACUGAUGGGGUGGAUCUGUCGAGAUAUGUAGACCCUGAAAAUCUUGAGCUGAUAGACCAUAUAUAUGCAGGAAGAAUAUACAAGUCGAAGGAUGUCAGGAAGGUGCUAAGGAGGAUUGCCGGGAGGGAAGGCUCGAGGGCGGAGAAGAUUGCGUAUGAGAUGCUUUGCAAGAGAAGGAUUGUUUUUGAUAACUACCUGCUCAAGUUGUCCUUUGUAAAGAGGUUCAGAAGGUUUAGGAGAUUCCUUGUCGAUGGAAAUGGGAUUGAAUACAGAAUGCAGAUGAUGCUCCAUAAGCUGCUCUACCUCAGAGAGGAUGUGAUUGGGGAGAUAGAAAAGGAGAUUACAAAGAUCUCGGGUGAAAAGGUAUGGGUUUAUGUCGGGGUUCUUGGGAACUUAUUAAGCCGAGAUGUGGUUAUAAGGAUUAUGGAUUAUGUGGACAUUGAGGUAAAGCCUUUUGUGGGAUCUUUUUUGCCAAAGGAGGACUACUACAACAAAAUAUGCUGUACGAUUCUGAGGUCACCCUCUUCCGAGAAGGUGAGAAUAAUCUCGUCGAUGGGCACGAUCGAUAAGACACAGCUGUACAGAUCACUACUCUGCGCAUGGUUUUCCGAUGAUGUGGAAAAGCGAAGGUUUUCGGAUUUUAUGGAAUUGAUGAAGCUAGUGAAAGUUGAGAAGAGUAUGAGGAUGGAGAUAGUUAAUGGGUAUCUAAGCGGGCUUGUAUAUCAUCGAAUGUUAGGGGAGUUUAUGAAGCUGUUUGAGCACAUGAAGAAAGCAGGGGUUAGUGGAGAUGAAGGCAGGGUGUUUGAGAAGCUCUACAAUGCGAUCCGCAGGUACAAGAAAGGAGGGAGGUUGGAACUAGCUGGAUUUCUAAGCAAGUGCAAAGAAGGAAGAAGAAAAGGAAUGCUUUCGCCAUAUAGUUGGCAAGAUAUAUAUGAUGUAUACAAGGAGUGA